GGCGGGGCGAGGCCAUGGCGGACCCGGGCGAAGCGGCCCGGGAGGAGCUCGGGGCCGCCGCCGACCGGGACCCGCCGCCCACAGCCUUGUCCCCCUCGGGGGAUGGAGCGGCGGCGGAGGAGGAGGAGGCGGCGGCCGCGGAGGGGGCGGGCGAGGGCGAGGCGGGAGAGGCUGGCGGGGGCGGCGAGAACAGAGCGGAGGCGCCGGACGGGGAGGUGAGGAGCGCGGAGGGGGAGGCGGUGGACGGGGAGGACCCCAGCCUGCAGCCGUCCGCCGCCAAGAAGGUGAAGCUGGAGCUGAAGGAGAGGAAGGAGAAGAAGCAGAAAGUGGACGAGGACGAGAUCCAGAAGAUGCAAAUACUGGUGUCUUCCUUUUCUGAAGAACAGUUGAACCGUUACGAGAUGUAUCGCCGGUCUGCGUUUCCCAAAGCUGCUAUUAAACGGCUGAUCCAGUCCAUCACUGGCACCUCUGUCUCUCAGAACGUGGUUAUCGCCAUGUCUGGCAUUUCCAAGGUCUUCGUUGGGGAGGUGGUGGAGGAAGCACUGGAUGUGUGUGAGAAGUGGGGGGAGCUGCCCCCUCUGCAGCCUAAACACAUGCGAGAGGCGGUCAGGAGGCUCAAGUCACGAGGACAGAUCCCCAAUUCCAAAUAUAAGAAGAUCAUCUUCCACUGAAGUGGCCCAAGAGCAGCAAGAGAAGACAGAAGUUGAAAUGAGCUUCCCGUUGUGAACCUCGUAAGAGCAGAGCUCUGAGACUGAAGCUCCUUCAGGAGCAUUGUGCAUAGACUUCAGUGACUGCGGGGAGGGCUCCUGCUGUCGCUGCUGGGGUCUCGCUCAUCACCUGAGCAGGAGCCAAAUCCCUGACCUGGAGCUUUGGGCUCCUCUGCUUCAACAGGGCAGGGAUAGGAACAUUCAAAGUGUUCAGUGUAUUCACCCACCAGGGUCAUACUUUCUGCUGGCACAGAUGUGGUGGUGUCUGUGUACAGAAGUGGUUUUUUUUUUUUGUUUGUACAAUAAACUUGUUAUUGUAUUCUUAGG